CUUCUUCUCUCUGUUACCAAAGAUCUUCGUAUCUCAUUUCAUUUCUCUGUCUCCUCUUUGUUUCCUGAGAAACUGUUAUUUUUGGGGCAACAGAUACAGAAUAGUCGAAGUCUCCAAGAUUUUGAGGCUAUUUAAGUUCGGGUGAUUAACUGUUGAUUGGUUCUCAAAUUACGAAAGACCGGAAGUGAAAGUUUAUGGCAGGAAUUUGCUGUGGAGUUGUUGGUGAGACCGAGGUAGCUGCUGGUGUAGUUGACCCAAGCUCACGAGGUUCAAGACGGAGGAGAUUAGAUCUCCGGCCAUUCAAGGUCGUUGCCGAUUCAGCAGUACAACCGCCGCUGAAACGGCAAAAGCCCGAUCUUCUUCCUCUUCCUUCGUCGUUGUCACGUGAUUGUGAUAACGCUCUAGAGGGUUGCAAAUUUAGCCAAGAUAUGUGUAAAGGAAGUGAACAAAAUAAAACUGCGGAGCAAAACGAUUGUUUAGAUUCGCCAAUUCAGUCGGUUAACAUUAGCUCAGAUUCUGUGAAAUCGGUUCGUGAAGUUGCAGAAGAAACUCCAAAAUUUGGCAUGACUUCUGUUUGCGGUAGAAGAAGAGAUAUGGAAGAUGCCGUUUCUAUACAGCCGUCAUUUACCGCCGAAAAAACUUCAUUCUUCGGCGUGUUUGAUGGUCACGGUUGCUCUCAUGUGGCUAUGCGGUGUAGAGAUCGGUUACACGAGAUACUCAAAGAUGAAAUCAAAAGUUCCAACAAAGAAGCUGAUAAGUGCUUUGAAUGGAAGGAAACGAUGGAGAGAAGCUUUGCAAAGAUGGAUAAGGAGGUAGAGGAGUGGUGCAACGACGUAGAUAAGACCGCUAACUGUCGUUGCGAGCUUCAGACUCCGCAGUGCGAUGCCGUUGGAUCAACGGCUGUUGUUGCAGUUGUAACGCCGGAUAAGGUAGUCGUUUCCAACUGCGGCGAUUCUCGAGCCGUACUUUGCCGUAACGGCGUCGCUGUUCCACUUUCAUCCGAUCAUAAGCCUGAUCGGCCAGAUGAAUUGGUCCGAAUACAAGACGCCGGUGGCCGCGUAAUCUACUGGGACGGCGCAAGGGUCCUAGGAGUUUUGGCGAUGUCCAGAGCAAUUGGUGAUAAUUAUUUGAAACCAUAUGUGAUACCGGAGCCGGAGGUAACCGUGACAGAACGGACGGCGGAGGAUGAGUGUCUGAUACUGGCGAGUGAUGGCCUGUGGGAUGUGGUAUCAAACGACACCGCAUGUGGAGUCGCAAGGAUGUGCUUGCGUGCUCAGAGGCCGCCUUCGCCACCGGCGUCACCUGGAAGCGACGCCGCCGUGCGUAGUGGAUCCGUUGAGAGCUCCGACGAGGCCUGCUCGGAUGCUUCAAUCUUGCUGACUAAGUUGGCCUUGGCUAGACACAGCACGGACAAUAUCAGCGUCGUGGUGGUUGAUUUAAGAAGGAAUCAACAGUAAAUAGUGAUAAUUAGAGUUUACAAAAUUAUUAUAUGUAUGGCGUUAUCUUUUUAUUUAGCUUCAAUUGCAUUUUGUCGUCCUUAUGAAAAGGGGGACAAAAUUUAAAAAAAAAAAAAAAAAAAAAAA